UAAAAAAAAAACCCACCCGUACCAUUCCCCUCAACCGGCUUCCCCCGGUUUAUGUGUUUAUGUAAAGAAGAACUUCAUCCUUCACCAAUCAUGCAGCUGUUAAAGCUUAGCACUUCACUAUAACAAAGGCUUCAGGUAUAAGAACGAAAAAACACUAUCCACACAGGAAGACGCAGUGAUGCAGGAUGCCGAUAUUAUUUUUCUCGUUUAUUAUCAUUUUCCCUGACGCGAUUACAUCUCUUGUCGUAUCAAAACAGAACUAUUUCCUUGUUGAAUGCCUGAUGCUUUUCGGCGCGGCGCCAGGACGGAAUCUCUUCCGCGCGGCUUCGCUUUCUCAAACAGAUUACAUGUCAAGUUUAGCAUAAAAUUAUGUCACGGCUAUGACUUCCUGUGUCUAAACGGAAUACUAAAUACUGGUUUAUUGGCGUUUGUAUAUAUUUGGUCCUCUGACACUGGCCGGAUUUUUUUUUUGUACAUCCUUAUUAAUGCUAUCUUCGCUCAGUGUUCAUCGAGAUUUGCCGCAGUAAAGAUGCCUCGUUGUUUCUGUUAGUCAACCGAUCAUGAUAGAGCUAAAAUUUCGACUGAUACUCGCCUGUGUGCUGUGGGUCCACUCUUCUGACCGGGCGCUUGGCUCAAAUGAUUUUCACGCACCUAAGUCGAAUCGUGUUUUGGACGAGUGCAAGCGACUGUGUCGCCACCCGAAACCUACCGAGGUUCCUCUAGAAGACUCACAGUCACGUCACCCCUGUGUGGAAAAAUGUUUGUUAUUGGCGCAAGAAAAUUCCAGUUCAACAACUCGUCCAACAACUGAACCUCUUUCUGUGAUCACAGCAUCUACAACGGAUCCUCCGAAAUUCGGCUGUCCGCGUGACUAUGGUCCUACUGCGGGGGAAUUUAUACCAGGGGAUGUAACUAAUGUUGCCGUUGCAUUCGUGGAGCAAAAGACGGAAAACAGCCAGGAAUGGGUUGCCAGAGUGAAUUGGACAGCGCCAAAAGAUGUGAAUGUCUCCUCCAACUGGCGUGGCUACCUUGCCAUAUGGUUCUCAGAAAGUUUAACUACUGAUAACGGAAUGCCAGGGCUUGCCAACUGCAGAGCGCUACCCAAAAACGAACUUCACCUGGACAUCAACGAGACAGAUGGAUGGAAAUAUCCCAACAGGCUUUACAUCACAAUUGUUGCCUUGCCGAGCGAAAGAGAAGCUUUUACAAUGGACGCAUAUGACCCAAGAGCUAAAGAUUGGGGACCGCACGGCAGAUAUGCACCAACGAUAACCUUGAAAGGUCACAAACGCUUCGCAUUAAAAUCUGGAGAAGGCAUCGUUCUACUAAUUGUGGUAGGGAUUUUGUUGGGACUCGCUAUGGUGUGGAUAAUACACGUCUCGGGCGUCAAACGAAAGCACUUCACAACUUACAAUUUGGCACUCGCAGUCGACAAAAAAGCGGGAAUGAAAGCGGACGAGAUGAAAGAUCAGCUGAUAGCGUAAAAAGCGAGGGAAACAAUUCUUAACUAGUGCAGAAGUUGAAGUAAUUUUGUAAUUUUUGUAAUGAAAACUGUACGUACUUAGAGGUACGUCAUGUUCCAAUUUUAUUUCAAAUUACCAUUAAAGGUUUUUUGGUGUUGGAUUAUUCGAACAAAACCCAUCUCUAAUUCGUUAAUUAUUGAAUUCCAGCUCACGUUCUCUUUGUUUCGUUAAAUAAAUAAUGACUAUAUUUCUGCGUAUAACAUUAAAACUUGCCGAAAGAAUUCACUUGUAAAGGACACAAAAAAGAAUAAAAUGUAAAACAAAUAUUGUUUACAUAAUUAAAGCAAAAUACAUGGUAAUUAUUUGUUGACAAAGAUACUUAUAUCGAUAUAUAUAUAUAUAUAUAUAUAUAUAUAUAUAUAUAUAUAUAUAAAGAAAGGAUAGUUUUUGUAUAGAUUGCCAAUACAUGUGCAAUAGCAAAAGAGAGAUUUUAAUCACCUCAGUCUGCUAAUUAACUAAGUUAGGUACGGCAAAGGAUAACUAUCUGUAAGAUAAAUGAAAAUAAAAAAAAUAAAACGACAGAAACCUU